CUCCAUCAUGAGCAUCAUGUGCAGUAUAUCGCUCUAGCGGCUAACUGGAAGGGCAGAUAAGCGUUCCCCAUGUGCGCAGCGGAUUCUAUUCCUUACCUACCUACCCUUGCGGGCCGCCCGAAUGCGUGAGCGCCGAGACCUGAGAUAAGGCUGGAAUGUGAUGCUGUCCACGUGCAGUGUAGGCCCGCUAGACAUUGAUUGAUUGGUAUUCUCUCUGUCGGCGGUGAAUGCGAUGGACUGGAGUCUGCGGUUGCGCAGACGCUAGCCGCCGCCGCUGGGUCAGGCUUGGAUCGUUCCGCAUGCGGGCUCGACGAUCCCCUUCUCGGGAAUUUUGCCAGGCUCCCCGCGCCAGCCCGCACCAACCUCCGAGAUAUCUGGUCCGACGGUCCAGCUGCGCAUCACCCGCCUGCCCGGAGUCGCAACGGGGAUGGCGUUAUUUCGCUUUACCCACUUGGGAUGGCAUGCUGCCGACCUGCGUCGAUGUGGUGUACGAGCGAACACGGAAAACCACCGACGCUACCCGGAUAACCUCAGGCAUUCUCGUCCGUGUCCGCCUCGUCGUUAUCCGCCUCGAGACUUACCGAGGCGCGCUGCUUGCAGUAAGAAUAAGCUCGGGGGGGUUACCUAUAAUAUCUCGACCUUCCGCACCCGUGUAUCCGGACUCCUGGUUGGAGGGCUGGCUGGGGGUUCCUCGCAACCUUAGCACCGGGCGGCUGUGACAUUACGACUUGAAGCCGUGCAUGCAUGUGCUGGUUUCGGUGGCGUGAACUCUGUCACGUAGCGGAAGCAAUACCUAUAUCCGUCGAGACACCCAAACGGACUGAACGACUUGCUUCGACCUGGCUCUCACGGUACUACAGCUCACCUAAGAACAGAUCUCAACAAAUCGCCUCAGUCGUAGACCUGUCUUACGUAGGUAGUGUCUCCUGACAGACUGGCCGAAUUGUGGCAGGUUAUCUA